UCUCACUGUUAUACAUUGUUAAAACUAUACUGGUAGUGCUUUAAUUGAGCCUGAUUUACGUGACGGUAUUUUUUCGUGUUAGUGCAGUUUGGAUUUAGGACACAAGCCAAGAUGCGACUCCUUACUACAUGGUUGCCACUCCUUUUAUGUGGAGCUGUAUUCCUAUGUGAAACAGAAGCUAGAAGGAUCCGCGUGGAACGUCCAAUAGAAGAAGAAGAGGAGCAAGAAUCCGUCAACUACUAUGCCGCAGAACCCCAAGAAAAUCAAAGACGGGUAGUUUUAGUCUCAUCCGCAGACCAGUAUAACGGCCUCUAUGGUCAGCCUACUGCGGCCUCUAGAAGUGGACAGGAUAACUACAUUUCUAGAGGAUCUGUCAAAUCACACGAAUCUACGAGAAGCAAAGAGGCCGCAAGGGCGCCUCCUGUGCAAACCAUCAGAAACUACAACAAGGUGAACGAUGACGGUUCAUUUACUUUUGGUUAUGAAGCUGCUGAUGGUAGUUUCAAGGAAGAGACCAGAGGUACUGAUUGUGUAGUCAGAGGGAAAUACGGAUACAUCGAUCCUGAUGGCAACAAAAGAGAAUUCACUUACGUAUCUGGUAACCCUUGCGACCCCAACGCUCCCAAAGAUCAAGACGAAUCCCCAGAAGAAAGCAACGAAGCCGAAGCCGACAGUGGCCCAGCGAACUACCCUAGCCGACCCAUCCAGCCGAUCCGAAGACCCGCAGUCGAAUCUAAACCAGCCAUAACCCUAUUCCAGAACAACUAUGCACGGGAAGAAGAACAGCCUGAAGAGCAACUUUUGAGGGCAACACCUCAGUCAAUUCGCCGGCCAUCAUACAUCAACCGCCCUCAAUAUCUUCAAACAGAUACCGACGGAGCAGCUCAAGUAUAUCAACGCGCCCAGGCACUUCCAACCACAACCCCUGCAUCAGUUAUCUACAAAUCGAGCAUAUUUCCAGUCAAUAUAACCCCAAGACCUGUUUCGCCUACCCCAAGCGCAAUAACGCAACUCCCAGCAACUACCUACAGGCCCCAACUCCUCCAAGUUGCCGUCACUCCUAGACCAUCCAGUCAAUACACUAAACAACUUCAAUCAUUCCUACCAUCAUCAACAGCGGCAACUCCUAGCAGAGACAUAGAUUUCGAUAGCGAGUUCCAGAAGUUCCAGAUUGAAAACAAUAUCGUAUCGCCUACUCCAACCCCAUUGGCGGGUCAAGCUGCCACAACACCAAGACCUAAACCUGCUAGUAAUGCGGGGCAGAUCUAUUCCACAGCCUUGGUUUACGAUCCAAGCUCAGGACAGUACAAUAACCAGUUAUACCAAACUCUGCCUCAAGCUGACGGCGAUUUCCUGUUGAAGCAAAGAAUACAGCCCUAUGUGGCUCAAACACAGAGGCCACAAGUGAAUAUUCAACAACUUCGGCAGCAAAGUCCUUUGUAUAAUCCAAAUUUGAGGCAAGCACAGUCACAGGCUGCCUACCAGGCUCAACAGGCUGAAAUUCAGUUCCAAAAUUCCGCUCAACUCUACGCCCAGCAGCAAAGAGCAAGAGCUCAGCAACAACAGCAGCAGCAGCAGCAGCAACAACAACAACAGCAACAAGUGAGGCAGUCUGCUGCUCCACAACCCGUCUAUUAUAUUCAACCCUCAGCGGACCAAACUGGAGCAUUAGCCACCACCCAAUUAGAUGCAUUCCUAAGAGGGCACAACAUCCAAUUCUAGAUGACAAUGGACUAUUAAUCUAUGAACUCGAAAAGUGUACGAAUUUAACCUUUACUACGAUGUUAUUGUGAAAGUGUUACAGUGUUCGACAACUUAAUAAUACGGUCACGCCCGGAUUAUGUAAGAGCCGAGUAUAUGUGCGAUUUAUUUAAUGAUUGUAAGGUGUAUCGCUGCUUCUUUUCACUUUUUAACUACGUGUUAUUCAUAACGAACGCCUCGCUUUCAUAAUUGUAUUGGUUUCAGUAAUUCAUUCUUUUCAAGGUCGCCUUUAGACCUACGCCUCUUUAUGUUGACCUUGCGCAAACGAGCAGGUUGUGGAUGUAGUAGAUCUAUUUUUUUGCCAUGUGCGUUACAUUACCAAACGUUUCUUUAAUUAUAAAAUUUUUAUUAUACGUGAUUAAGUUAUAUUCACUGGCUACUGAGGAUUGUUAAUAUUCUGUAUAUAACAAUUAAUUUUAUUUUUCUAGCAUUUCUCUUUUAGUAAUAAGAUUAUCGAAUUUGUAUUUUUGUUAUAUAAUUAUCCUUAAAU